AUGUACACUGUCUGCCCUGCCACGCCCGACGGAAGCGUGAACCCAUACUACCGAGCAUCACCCCCUUAUCGCAGCCACGCAUCGACGCACAGUCGACUUGGCGACUCGGCAUCGCCGAACAGCGCCAUGACGGAGGCCGGGAUGUAUGAGAGCAACUCUGAUCUCUCCGCUGUCUGUCCCACGUGGUUCAACCGAUGCGCGGCGUCAUCGCCUUCCCUGUCGUCGGUGAUGGCCUCGCGCGACUUGCCUCCGUUGCAGGCCCACUCGCCAGACCCGCAGAGCCGCCCCCAGCAGCAGUUCAACUCCAGCGCAACGGCCGUUUCAUCCUCGCCGCCGCGCGGGGUUGCUUCCAGCGAGUCCCCUCACGUGAAAACCGCGCCGACAUUGUUCGACGGUGCCUCCGGCGGCGGCUUGACGAGCCCGAGCUCUAACCGCGGAGGCAUGAUGACCAGCGUUCCGCAGCAGCAGGGCCGCGGCAACGUGGGGCACGUGAUGCUGCCGGAAGAGGUGUCUCACUCGAACAAGCUCGCCCAGUCUGGGAUGCUGACCUCUUUGUUGCCAUCGCACUCUCGAGGCACCGGCACCGCCCGAGUGAGGGGCGCCUCACCAUAUCAGCGCGCCUUGGAUGGGCUGACCUCUCAGGAGCAGGAAAAGCAGCAGCAAUCGACACUGCAGCGCUAUGUGUCUGGGAACGGCACAGCUCCUGUCGGCGCCAACUCUUCCGCAGCGGCAGGAGGUGCUAGCCGGGGUAGUGUCCUUACGGGCGAUGCUGAAGCGGACACGAUUGUCCCACGGCAGCCCGGUGAUAACAACUCACCGGCGCUCAACAGUUCGCUUGAGGAGCGGCUACCCACAACUGCUGCUUCGGUGUCCCACCGGCACUCCUCGCCGUCUUCCAUAAGCUGGCCCCACGAUGCAUUCGCGUCGUCACCCUUCAGCCGAGGCGCAACCCCAUCUUCCCACCUCCGUCAGAAAGUCGCUAUAUCGCUGGCGCGCGAGUCGACGCCGGUGAUACCGCUGAAGACGUCUCUAACCACCACUACGCCUCUCCGAGCCGAUGAUGGUGUACCGGGUGGCGCAGCAACUGACUGCGUCAGUGAAGCUCCCGGCUCGCAGACGUCGUCGCCGCGGCAGCGCGCGUUCGUCCAACACCAAUCGCCCGAGAAAGUUUUCAUCGACUCGCAGUCGGCCGGGACUCCGCAUCAGCAGCCGCGGCCACGGCACCCACCGGCACCCACGUCCUCAUCGCCGCAGGUGCUAAAGUCACCUGCGAUGUUUGGCGUCAUCGACCUCUCCUACAGCCGCACCGAUGCGAGCGGCUCGAAGGCGACACCGUCCAUGUCGGCCGGCGCUACCACUGUCGGCGCGAGUGCCGUGGCAAAGACGCGCACACCGGUGAGGACGUCUUCGAGGGCACCGGCAACGAUCAGUGUACGCGUUCCCGUCUCCUCACUUCCCAGCAACAACCACAUGCCUGUCACGUCCGUCAACCACGCCGAUCCAACGGCAGCCGCGGCGUCAUUAUCCUCGACAGCGGCGACGGCCACCGCCGUCGCACAGCUAAAUGGCAGCAGUCCCUGCAGCGAACUCACGGCACACUCGGGCACAACCAUUUUGCGCAUGGCCCACAGUGCGGGCCAGACCGACAGCAGCUACUCGACCUUGCACACCACGCUAAGUAAUAGCCGUGAUGCCACGACUACCACCGCGACCACGACUCCAGGCUACUCGCCACGUGCGGAUUCCCAGACACCGGUGCAUACGACCACGAUCGCUUCCCAGCGCGGGACUUUUUUCACACCGCUUUCACCCCUGUUAGCGGAGAGUGAUGACGACGCUGUCGAGGCGGAGCAGCAGCAGCAGCAGCAGCGGAGCUCAGUGCAGCCUCAGCAGCCCAUGAAGUCUGUGGCGCCGACGACCCUGAUGGCUGCACGGGUGCGAAAGACAGCUGCGUCGUCUUCCACUGUCUCCAUCGACGCGGCGCGCAAGCCGGAGCGACCGUCGCAGGCGCUGACGCUGACGGCCGACACAGUGCUGCCAGUCGCGGUGCAGGAAGACGAGGCCCGCUGCAGCUCCAGCGCCGCCACCACUGCUACGCGAAGCAGCUCUAACAGCCGCGCACAGCUGUCGUCCUCAGCGUCGCUUUCCAGGUCGAUCAACGCCACGACCACGACGGCACCCAAGGGUGGUGCCGCCGGUGUUGCAGCUAGCGGCGCUGGCCGCCUGGAGAGGGUGCGCACCUUAAUACGCGCCGGAAGUGUCGGUGCACGCAACAUGGCUUCCCGUGAGAGAGGACAGCGCGAGAAGCUCGCCGCCACCUUUGCCGGCGGCAUCUCCUUCUCCAGAAAAGUCGUCGCCACCGCGUCGAGUGCCUCUGUCUCCUCCAUGGACAUGAGCGUCACAGCCGGCGCGCGUGGCGCUCACAUGCGUUGGCAAACGAGUAUUAGCACUGCAUCGACGAGCUCAGCUACCAGCGAUGUGCUGAGGGCGCCACCGGCGUUAGCGAGUUACUCCUUUGUUUCCAGCCGCGCUCAAAUGCAGCGCUACAUUGACCAGUGGCGCGACCGCUUCGAGGAGGACAAGAACGCGUACAAGGAAGGCGGCUAUCUCACCGUGACGCCGGGCCGCAUCGUUCACUCGCGGUACGUGCUGAUUCAAAAGCUGGGCUGGGGCGAGUUCAGCACGGUAUGGCUGGGCUACGACACAAAACACUCCACCCUGGGUCGCGGCCUGUCGCAGGCCUUCGUCGCCGUCAAAGUCGCCAAGUGUCGCUCCAGCGUUCAGGAGGCAACGCGCUACGAGGUGAGUCUGCUGCGCUAUCUAGAGUCGCGUCUCCCACGGUAUGCCGCCAUCACGAACAUCAUUGACUGCUUCGACGUGCGGGGAGAGUUCGGCAUGCACACUUGCAUGGUCCUUCCCCUCUGUGGGCCCAACCUUCUUUCCAUCAUCGAACGCAUGAAGGUGAACCGCGGUCGACGCAACGCCGAGGACCUGCGCAUGAUUAAGGAGAUUGUCCUCUCGGUGCUCAUCUCGCUACACGAACUGAGCGAGCUGAAUGUCGUGCACACCGACAUCAAGCCGGAGAACGUGCUGUGCUCGGCGGUGGACUCGAAGCUGGUGAGCUCGAUGGAGAAGUUCUGUAGUUACAACCAGGAGCGGAGCCACAUGAUCAGCCUCGAGGACUUCAAGAAGUCCAUGGCGCAGCAGUCGACGGACCACCUGGUGUAUCUUGCCGACUUCGGCUUGUCGGCGCUGCUGGAGCCGCCGGGGUCUGCGCAGCUCUGGACGUCUGCGUGCAGCAACAUUGACACCUCCCUGCUGGCACCGCUCAUGCGUUGCAAGAAGAACUUCCCGGUCACGCGGUCUGGCGUCGUGGAUAACCAUCGCGGUACGCUCAUCCAGACUCGCGAGUACCGCGCACCGGAGGUGCUGCUGGGGCUUGACUUCACCUGCGCGACGGACGUGUGGAGCGUGGGGUGCAUGACAUUUGAGCUCAUCACCGGGAGCUUCCUGAUGGAUCCGAAGAGGAAGACGCGCGAACCGCGUGAUAUGGAUAUUGAGCAUCUUGCCAUGAUGAUGCAGAUCCUCGGCCCACUGCCGUCCGAGAUCACAAGCAUUCGCGUGCAGAACAACGACUACUACGACGCAAUCAUUCAAGGGACUCCGGUGCCAAAGAGCGGGUUUCGCCCACCGCCGGAGUACCUGCACCGCUUCGUGGACCGAAACGGCGAGUUCAUCUACGCCUCGCGCUACCACUCCUACCCGCACCGAAACUUGGAGAUGGAGCUGGAGUCGUACCUCGGCUUCCGCGAGGCGCAACUGGCGGCCAACUUCAUCUUUUCAUGCCUGCACUCGUACGACCCCAAGAAGCGACCCUCAGCGAAGAAGCUGCUCAGCCAUCAGUGGCUCCGCGGCGUUGGUGUCGCGCCCAAGGAGAAGACGUCGUCGUGCUAG